AAGCAAAAACAAAACGAGAAAGACGGAUGACAGCAGCGACAAUUUAAUACUUGGGAGAGAAAAAGAAAUGAGGACGAGAAAAAUCCCUGAAGAAGGGGGAAAACAAGUGAGUGACGAAAAGGAAGCACGAAAGUGAUACAUCCCUUCGUCCAGUUGGAGGCACACACCCAGUCCUUCUCUGUCAUCUGCAGAAGAUGACGGCGGACCACAACCAGCGCGCGUGCAGCAACAGCAGGUUGAACGUGUCUGACCAGGGAUUGAGAGCGUCCCACCGCAAGCUCACUUUCAUCCAACCCACCGGGUGGUCAUUAUCGCAUUCAGGGCCUGCAGAAGCACCGGGCGGAUCAGACGACUCACUGAUGGCCGACCGGGGUGGUGUAUACCGGAGUCACAUGACCGAACGAAGCUGCGGUUAUCCAGCGCAAUCCUGCAGGAUAGCUGGUCGAGGAGGAGGAGGAUUGGCAGGGAGAGAGCGAAGGAGGGGGUGGGUAAUGAUGCGACAGCAAGAGUCAAAUACGUGCAGACGCCCAGCUGCAAGGAAACCCCGCCGGGAAACAAUCGCGAGUCAUAGCGGCCUGUCGUUGCAAGCUUCAUCGUCCCUGCGGCAUGACUACGUCGCGGACGAUUCAAAUAGACCAGGGGGGGUUGGAAUUGACGUGGGUGGGAAGAGAGGAGAGAACAUGAAUGGUUGGCGGUUGCUGUCAAGAUGCAGAAUUGAAGAAAAGAAGUGGAUCUUCGAGAUGGGAGAUUGGCCAACAAUGGCAGUGGCCGUUCGGUUCGACUAGCAGAAGUAGUAGGUUCAUCGCGUGGGAUGUCAAAUUGCUCGAAUCUUUUUGCAGCAGUUGGCAAAGGAGGGAGGGAGAGUAAAGAGGGAGGGGAGGGGGGGGGGGAAAGGAAAGGAUCA